GUUUAGCAGACUUUUGGCAUUGCCCAACACAGGCACUUUGUUGAUACGUGAUUACGUGAAUUAUUUUUGCAAAUUAAACGAUUCCCGAGAAAUAAUCAGCCCACAAUGUUCUCGCCCACGCGUGCCCUGCGCCCGGCUCUGUGCCGUUGCUACAGCCAGAUCAAGGGCGGACCCGUUUCCGGUGGAGGCAAACCCAGUGCAUCAGGAUCGGGAUCUGCAGGAGCCUCCCAGCAGGGAGCAUCCUCGCCAGCUGUUACAGGACUGACCAGCAAUUGCGUGAAGCCCAUCACUGGACCAGUUGGACCCGGCGCAUCGGCCACGGCCGAAUACAAGGUGCCCGAAUAUUACAGCUUUAACCGCUUCAGCUACGCCGAGGCGGAGGUGGAGAUGGCCAAGUACCGCUGCCCGCAGCCCUCGGCUUUAAAGUAGAUCAAUCAAAUUGUAACCAAAUUGUUAAUGCUUAAUAAAAACAAACAAAAGUGUUCAAAA